AUGUUAAAUAUCAGUGAAGGAGCCACCAAUGUAGGUGGCUCAGUACCACCCACCAAUGUAGGUGGCUCAGUACCACCCACCAAUGUAGGUGGCUCAGUACCACCCACCAAUGUAGGUGGCUCAGUACCACCCACCAAUGUAGGUGGCUCAGUACCACCCACCAAUGUAGGUGGCUCAGUACCACCCACCAAUGUAGGUGGCUCAGUACCACCCACCAAUGUAGGUGGCUCAGUACCACCCACCAAUGUAGGUGGCUCAGUACCACCCACCAAUGUAGGUGGCUCAGUACCACCCACCAAUGUAGGUGGCUCAGUACCACCCACCAAUGUAGGUGGCUCAGUACCACCCACCAAUGUAGGUGGCUCAGUACCACCCACCAAUGUAGGUGGCUCAGUACCACCCACCAAUGUAGGUGGCUCAGUACCACCUACCAAUGUAGGUGGCUCAGUACAACCCACCAAUGUAGGUGGCUCAGUACCACCCACCAAUGUAGGUGGCUCAGUACCACCCACCAAUGUAGGUGGCUCAGUACCACCCACCAAUGUAGGUGGCUCAGUACCACCCAUCAAUGUAGGUGGCUCAGUACCACCCACCAAUGUAGGUGGCUCAGUACCACCCACCAAUGUAGGUGGCUCAGUACCACCUACCAAUGUAGGUGGCUCAGUACCACCUACCAAUGUAGGUGGCUCAGUACCACCUACCAAUGUAGGUGGCUCAGUACCACCUACCAAUGUAGGUGGCUCAGUACCACCUACCAAUGUAGGUGGCUCAGUACCACCUACCAAUGUAGGUGGCUCAGUACCACCUACAAAUGUAGGUGGCUCAGUACCACCUACCAAUGUAGGUGGCUCAGUACCACCUACCAAUGUAGGUGGCUCAGUACCACCUACCAAUGUAGGUGGCUCAGUACCACCUACCAAUGUAGGUGGCUCAGUACCACCUACCAAUGUAGGUGGCUCAGUACCACCUACAAAUCUCCACGAAAAUGGAGCAACAAUUGCUAGUCUAGCUAACGAUGUAACAUCAGUGUUCUCAUCAAGACAGAUGGAUAUACACUUAUAUGAACCAAUAUCUUUGUUAAUGUUCUGCUGUGUGAUACACUAUAAACCUUCAUUCAUUAAGAAAUCUUUAACGAGCUAUAUUGCAGAAAUAAGCAACCUUCGAAGGUUGGAAUAUGAAAAUGGGAUUAAAGAGUAA